AUGACCACUGCCGGGUCCCCAACGCCGCCGGCCCCGGUCACCUCCGCUGCGCCGACAACCGCCGUUUUCAUGCCGGAAGAAGUCACCAGCAUUUUACGGGAUCUCGUGACGGCCGUCCAGGGCAUCCAUCGGUACCUGGCCGGGCCGCCCGCACCUCCGCCGGCUGCGACUACCGCCGCCUACGGCCACCCCGCGCUGCCGUGGCCGUCCCAGGGCGCGCCUGCAAUGGGCGGGCCACCGCUGCCGCCGUUCCAGGCGGGGCACCCCAGCGGGCCGCCUCCGCCGCUGCUGCACCUGCCCUGGUCCUCGGUACCCGCGGUGAUCGCCGGGGCCCAUCUGUCGUUCCAGCCGCCGCCCGCCCCAGUGCCGUCCUGGCCGCAGUGGCCCGUGCCGGUUCUCGCGGCGCCAUUCGCGCCUUCCGCGCCCGCCCUAGCGCCGCAGUGGCCGCACUGGCCCGCGCCAGCCCCAGCCGCGCCGCCCGCGCCGAAAAGGAAGGGCACGUCUUCGGGGAUCAGAGACCGCCUGAGCGACCUCCCAGACGCCCUGCUGGGCCACGUCCUCUCCUUCCUCCCGAACAAGGAGGCCGGCCGCGCAGCGGGGCUGUCCCGGCGGUGGCGCGACGUCUUCUGCAACGUCCACGCCGUCUCCUUCGGGGAGCGCCCGGGCGCCAGGGCCACCGACUGGACCACCUUCUACCACGAGGCGGACGAGAAGAAGAGCUGCAGCGCGGCGCUCCUCGACGACGUCUGCUCCGCGCUCCUCUGCCGCCGCCGGACCGCCGGCCACCACGUGCCGCUGCGCAGCUUCCGCUUCGCCUUCGACCGGUGCCACCACUGGAACUUCGUCCACGUCGACCAGUGGCUCUCCUACGCGCUGCGGCACGGCGACCAGGAGCUCCACCUCGACCUGCGCUUCAAGAUCGCCCCGAUCUGCGAUGACAAGGCCGUGGACAGCGGCACCGACAACACCGACGACGAGGACGGGUCCUCCAAGCUGAGGAGGCGGUGGGUAUACGUGCUCCCAAGAAGGCUCUUCACCUGCAGGGUAAUACGGACGCUAUGCGUCGCCUAUUGCCGGCUGAUACUGCCGGCGGCCGUCAACCUGCCGCUCCUCGAGACCUUGAGCAUCACGGCUCCCCACAGCGAUGGUGGGAGGAGCAUCCAGCGGCUGAUCUCCAGCUGCCCCCGCCUCGUCGACCUGACGCUGGAAGCUGUCCACCGCCUGAAGCGAGUAUCCGUGCUCGACCAAUGCCUCCGCAGAUUCGCCCUUCGCUGCUGCCACAACCUGAAGUCUGUCGACAUCGACGCGUCGGAGCUGAGGUCGCUGGACUACUGCGGCACGGUGCCGGCCGGGCCGCUCCUGUCCUUGCACGGCUCGCCGCGAGUCCCUUCGUGCACCGUGGACUUCUGCAGAGUGCUCCCCGAGGAUGCAGGGUUUACGGGGUUUAGGGUGUUCAUGCAAAAAAUCAGUGAUGCCAAGCACCUCCACCUGCACCAUCGUAGACUGGAGAGCAGGUUCUUCUUAGGUUUCCCUCCAUUCUCUAGCCUGACGCGACUGGUGUUACAAGGGCCCCUCGAGCAUUGCGGCGCCGUCGUCUCGGUGGGUAGAAUCCUGGAGCAGACCCCGAACCUCGAGGUCCUGACGCUGUUCAUGGAAGAGCAAGCCGCGCACACGAAAAAUAGAGAUGAUACCAUGGGCGAGAUAGAGAGCUGGGUGGUGGCCGAUGCAGAAAAGGUUUUCCUGUGAUCUUCCAUGAAACAAUCUCAGAAUACAGUGUGCCUAAUUCACAUCUGAAUGUUUUCUAAGAAUGUCAUAUCUAACCUCCCAUAAAUAACGCACCAACAAAGAACAAAAAAAAAAUCUGUUUAGAACACAUCUUAUGUCACAUCUAAGCUUUUUUUCUUUUUUUUCGAAAAAGGGGCUCCUCGGCCUCUGCAUCAAAAUGAUGCAUACGGCCAACUUUAAAAAAUAGCAAAUAGGUUCAACAAAGGUCUUAAAGUCUCAAAGAAAGUAAAGAAAAGCUCACAGAGAGCCAAUAAAAAAGUAGCGAAAAAGCCACAAUCGGCUGGCAUAAGAAAGAUAGGGAAACUAAUUGCCUAUCCUAUUACAUGACCGUCAUCCAAACCGGUUGAAAAUAUCCCGUGCUACCAUUUCCCACCGGAUAGAUCCAGUAACCAAAUGCUCCCUGGCCUCCGUCGGAGUGAGUAGCGACCACAU